AUGCCGGGAGACGACGCGUCCUACCUCCUCUGCGCCGAGGACGCCGGCGGUGCCUUCUUCUUUGCCGACGUUGCGGCCAGCACCUGCACCACCGCGACCGACGAUGAAUGGUGCUCCCGCGCCGAGGAUGAGGAGUCGGCUGCGGCGUCCUUCGUCGCCGAGCUCAUCGGGGGCGAGGCCGACUACUCGCCCCGGUCAGACUACCCUGACCGGCUCCGGUCAAGGUGCAUCGACCCCACUGCCCGGGCGGACUCUGUUGCGUGGAUUCUCAAGCAGGAGGAUGGUUGGGCAAUGCAGCUGCUAGCUGUGACCUGCCUCUCCUUGGCUGCCAAGAUGGAAGAGACCCUUAUAGAGAGCACAAGAUAUAUCUUCGAGCCGCGUACGAUCCUUCGAAUGGAGCUUCUUGUUCUGACAGCACUCAAUUGGAGGCUCCGGUCGGUCACACCUUUCAUGUUCAUCGACUUCUUCGUUUGCAAAGUUGAUCCGAGAGGGAAGAACACGCGAUAUCUGAUCGGCCGAGCCACACAAAUGAUUUUAGCUGCAAUGCAUGACAUCGAGUUCUUAGAUCACUGCCCGUCGUCAAUGGCUGCUGCUGCGGUGCUAUGCGCCACCGGUGAGAUGCCAUCCUUCGCAUUGGUCAACCCUAGGCUGGCAGCCAAUUGGUGCAUUGGCCUAGCAGAGGAAGGGGUCAGAAGCUGCUACAAACUAAUGCAGCAGCUGGUGAGUGGCAAGAGAGCAGCCACAGCAGCUUCAGUACCAGUUAACCUAUGCUCAGAUGAGGUUCUGUCCUCUAAUUCCUCCUCCUGCACCACCCCUCCCCCACCCAAGAGGAGGAAGAGGUCACCUCCACCAGUCACAUGAAAAGAGUGCAAGUAGAUAACAUCAGUUUACCUGGGUCUUUUUUUUGUCAGAUUAAUAGGGUUUGA